AUGACGGGGAUUGGAAUCCAUGAAGACAAUGUCCCAAUUGUAGCCUAUAGCCUGCACAUUGAGGUGGGAGUUGGAUUCCCCUGUUUGGAUCAAGCCAAGAUGGCAGCAACCAUGGCAGCAAUGAAGGGACCUGUAGCUGUUGAAGAUGUUAAUGUCACUUUUGAGGACCAGCAGAAGAUCAACAAAUUUGCGAGGAACACGAGUCGAAUGACGGAGCUAAAAAAUGAAAUAGAGGCAAAGAAAAAAUCCCUGCAGAACUUACAGGACGCCAGUGACGACCUGAUGAUGUUCGACGACGACGCUCUAUUGAUCCCUUAUCAGAUCGGUGACGUCUUUAUCAGCCACACCCAGGAAGAAACACAGGAAAUGCUGGAGGCUGCAAAGGAAAAACUGGAGCAGGAAGUCAAAGCCCUCGAGGGGCGAGUGUCAGCGAUACAGCAAGUUUUGGGUGAUCUGAAGGUCCAGCUCUAUGCCAAGUUUGGUAACAACAUUAACCUGGAAGCAGAUGAAAGCUGAGCAGUGAAAAUGGACAUUGACAGCUGCCCCAACAUGGACUUUUUUUUUUCUUCCACGCAGCCCUCUCUUAUAUCCGAUCCACAGAACGUUUGCCAAAUAAAACAUCCAGCAUAACAAAAUCAGCUUAGAUUCGUAGCUUGUGGCUUAUCUUUGUUUACACAGAUGAUGUAUGUGUCUUCACUUUUUUUUUUAGUUUUGGGCGAACAGAUGCACAUGAAUAACAACGGUAAAGAUUUGGAGGCUAAAUAAAUGCACAUCAUUUCUAACGUAUUUUAAUUGGUCCCUUUAUUUAAUGCUCAUGUUUUUUUUGUUGUUGUUUUUUUUUUUACGCUGUUGAUGAAA